AUGGGGGGGUCCAGUAGCUUGCCUUGUGACUGUUCCAGGGGGGUGGCACGCGUUUUCAGGGGUGGAUCAUCACAAUCAGCCUGCACCUUACGGAUAGUCCAAAUCACCGAUGUCUAUGUCUUGGACAAUUUUCCCAGCCUAAGGACGCUGAUCAAGGAAAAGACCCUUGAACUCAGGCACAAAUGUGGUGGGCAAACCAUCAGCAUGCUGACAGGAGAUUUCUUGGCUCCUUACCUGCUGUCGUCAAUCGACAUGGGUGUUGGCAUGAUGAAAAUGCUGAAUGGCACUCCCAUCGACUACUUGACCUGGGGCAAUCACGAGGAUGAUAUUCCUCACAAGGAAGUCAUGAAACGCGAGCGUGAGUACACAGGAGUGUGGAUCAACACCAACAUGAAGACUCAUGAAUCCUUUGCAGACUCCACGUGCCAAGUGGAGGAAGAGAUCAUAGAAGUUGAGUCCCUGGAUGGCAGCAACAAGCGCAGGAUAGGGCUGAUUGGUCUCCUGAGCAAUUCGCCCAGCUUGUAUAGGCCUGGUGCCUUUGGGGGUGCAAAGAUUGAAGAUCCAUGGGAGGUCAUGGCCAUCUACAAGAAGAAAUUGGAGCAAAAGGCUUGUGAUGUAGUGGUGCCUUUGUGCCAUUUGUACGAGCCGCAGGAUGAAAAGACCUGCAGGGACUUCGAUUUUCCGGUGGUUCUCAGUGGCCAUGAUCAUCAUGUGGUGGACCGAUUGGUGGAGGGAACGAGGCUCUUAAAGCCAGGGCAAGAUGGCAUCAAAGCAGUCAUUCUGGAUCUGUCCUGGCCCACUGCAUCCUCCAACCGGACGCCAGUUAUCGAGUAUGAGAUCGUAAAUGUGGCUGACUGGCCACCAGAUGAAGCUUUAAAGAAAGUGGCGGAAGACUCCUACAAAGUCUUGGAUCCAUUGAGAAGGACGGAAUUGACGCAGGUGUCCGCCUCUUAUCGUCCCUUAUCCUCCGUCCAAGCACGUGGCCAAAGGGUCUCCAUGGGUACUUUCUUGCUCUCGCGCAUCAGGGAUGCUAUGAAUAUGGACAUGCCCCUGGGCGAGAGGUACGUGGACUGUGCACUGCUAAAGGGUGGAAACAUCCGUGGUGGGCGGGAGUACAAGGAUGAUGAGCACAUCAAUUUGGAGGUCUUGCAGACAGAGAUUGAGGAGGUGAAGCAGAUUCUGGUGGUCCCGGUCCCUGGCUCGGUCUUGAGAGUGGGACUCAGAGAGACCUUUGGCGCCCCCAACCCUGGCUGGAUGCAGUACGAUGAUGAGGUGGAGCUGGAUGAUGAUGGCUAUGUGGUGUCCAUUGGAAAGCAGCCCUUAGACCCGGAACGCGUCUACAAGGUGGCUACCAUCGUGGACUUCUGGCGUAAGCGGGAUGCACCUUCCAUUGGUCAGUAUUUUGAAGACCACCCGGAGAAGCUUCCGGAGCCGGAUUCCGGUCGGCCGGUGCAUGCUCUGCUGCUGAACUUCUUUGCCAUGCAGCUUUGGACCCGGAUAUGGAAGGAACUUGGUUUGAACAGUGGCGAUGAAAGCAUCGAACCGGAGGCUUUCAAGGCGCUGGAUGCGGAUGGUGAUGGUGUUGUGUCCAAGGAAGAUUUGAAGAACAAACUUCAGCAGGUCUCUGGAUUUGAGCAUGUCUUUGAAGGUAUGGAUGUCCUUGUGGAUAACAUGCUGGGCGAGAUCGCCAAAUUCGGACCCUCCGACCAGGGUGGCCUUUCCGAAGAGGCCAUCCAGGCCGCUGCGAAGCAUUGGUCGAGUCGGAGCUUGGCAUCCUUGGUCUCGGAUGAGGAGGAGGAGGUCUUCACCGUUGAUCGUAUCUCAGCUUCACUGGGCCAACCCCUGAUGACCAUUUCUCCGCCCACCACAGCGAUGCUUGUGCUGUCAGUGAUUUUCCUGAAUUUCGGUUGCAUCAACAUCCUGGUCGCAGUGAUGGUUGAGCACAUCGUCAGCAUCGCGACAGAAACCCGAGAGAGCUUUUCCAAGGUGCUGGCAAAGGUUGAAAAGAAAGUCUUUGCUGCGAUGCUGGAAGAAUUGACUGAAUACUGCGAUGACGGAGAAGGUGGUGGAGAAUUGACCUACAAGGACUUCAGCAAAGUCAUUCGGACGCCAAGUGUUCUGGAGAAGAUGAAACUCUUAAACUUUUGUUUUGACGAGAUGGAACUCCUUUUUGAGCUAAUGGAUGUGGACGGGAGCGGUUCUGUGAGCCCCAAAGAAUUUGUCGCUGGAUUGAAGAAAAUGAAAGGUCCAGCCUUGGGCUCGGAUGUAGUGAGGCUCAUAGGCCUGGCACAAAAGCAGUACUGGCGGGCACUUGGCUUCAAUAGACGGCUGAAUGUUUUGAAUGAGAAGGCCGACAUCAUUCAGGAGCGGUUGAACUUUUUGGGCAAGCACUGCGCGGAAGAAAUGGUGGAACGAUGCAACAGUGAGGUACGCCAGGAGAACGCCCUGAAGGAGGCGGCCCAGCGACAGCUGGUGAUCCUGGAAGGCGACGAGAAGAGGAGAACCACAUAUCCAGGCCUCAUCCCUGCAGAAAAGAAGAAACCUCUUCGACGAGCACCCUGGGAAGAGCCGGAUUCAGAUGACGACUUGCCUGAAGUCGAACUUUUCCAGGAGUCCAAAGAAGAAGGCAUAUAG